ACUUGUCGCAUGUCAACAUAUUGGGUGAGUGCCAAUAAGCACUUUUCCCGUUCCACUUAGUUCAGAGUGUUAUAAUAGUAAACCCAACUGGAAUAAAUUAUAAAGUGAUUUGAGUGAGAUAAAUAUUGACGAAUGGCAAUAGAAACAGUAAAGCAAUUGCAUGCAAAUAAGCAAAUUAAUUUCCAUAUAACCAAGUUUCCAUGACUUUUAUAUGACAUAUGACUAAUAUUUGAUUUAUUUGUUCUGUUUUAUCUAAUUAUAAAGAACUUAUUUACUAUCAUAGAUACAGAUUGUACUCUGAUCUGAUACGUAUUAUAAUGAAUAGGCAUAAAUAAUUUUGUGGGACGAUUUUAAGAAAUUGGUUUUAUUUCCACGAGAAAUAAAAACAUUGUUGAAGAAAAUUUAUAUUCUAAAUUCAUUCUUUUUCGUAAUCUUAAAACAGUAACAUAGUAACAAUGCCUGACACAACAGGAAAACUGAGUAUGGGUCCUCAUACUUAUGAAAUCUCUAAUAUCCUCUAUCAAACAAAUAGAAAGCGUCUUCUAGAGAAAUUGAGAAAAGUGUCUGAAGAUUCAGUUGUUGUUCUCCAAGGAGGAUGUGAACUGCCUUUAUAUGACAGUGAUAUUAAUUAUAUUUUCAUUCAGGAAUCAUAUUUCUGUUGGUGUUUUGGAGUUACUGAAGCAGGCUGCUAUGGAAUAAUAGAUAUAGUUACAGGAAAUGCACAUUUAUUCUUUCCACGGUAUCCACAAGAAUAUGCUGUAUGGAUGGGUCCACUAACUCCUUUAGAAACAUUUAAAAAGAAAUACAAUGUUGAAUAUGUUCACUAUGUUGAUCAGAUUCAAACAGUACUUCAAGAAUUGAACAGGAAGAAAUUAUUGACUCUGACUGGGCGUAAUAGUGAUAGCGGUCUUGAUGCCAAAGAAGCGACGUUUGAAGGAAUUGACAAGUUCAAUGUGGACAACAAAACAUUAUUUCCCAUAAUAGCAAAUUUGAGGGUGAUAAAAACAGAACAUGAAAUUGAAGUUAUCAAGUAUGUCGUAGGAGUGUCUUCUGCAGCACACAGACAUGUGAUGAGGAUUGCCAAAGAUUGUUUAUAUGAAUAUCAAUGUGAGUCCGAAUUUUUACACUAUUGCUACAAAAACGGUGGAUGUAGACAUGCAGCUUACACUUGUAUUUGUGGUUCUGGCAUCAACGGGGCUGUUCUACAUUACGGACAUGCUGGUUGUCCAAAUGAUUAUAAGUUAAAAAAUGGAACAUUGUGCCUUUUUGAUAUGGGAGCUGAUUAUUUUGGUUAUGCUGCUGAUGUUACUGUAACCUUUCCAGUAAAUGGAAAAUUCACCCCACAACAAAAAAUCGUUUAUGAAGCUGUUUUGAAGGCUAAUGAGGCUGUUAUCAAGGCUGGCAAACCUGGAGUACCAUGGCCAGAAUUACAUAUAUUAGCCAACAAAAUAUUAUUGGAAGAAUUGAAGAAAGGAGGUCUACUUAAGGGUUCUGUAGAUGAAAUGCUGGAAGCAGAUAUCGCCGCAGUUUUCCAACCUCAUGGACUUGGACAUUUUCUGGGGUUAGAUACUCACGAUGUAGGAGGAUACUUAGAUGGUUAUCCUGCUCGACCUAUAAGACCAGGGUUAAAGAGUUUGAGAACUGCUAGAGUGUUGGAGAAAAACAUGGUUGUCACUGUCGAACCUGGAUGCUAUUUUAUCGAUUGUUUGCUGAAUGAAGCUCUAGCGGAUCCAAAGAAAUCCAAAUUUUUAGUGCCAGAAGUACUGAAAACCUAUAGAGGUUUCGGCGGUGUACGCAUUGAAGAUGAUGUUCUCGUUACAGAAGAUGGUAUCGAAUGCCUAUCAAAAGUACCAAGAACUGUUCAAGAAAUUGAAGACUGGAUAGCCGGGAAAGAUGACGGUGAAAAAUAUGCUUAACUGGGAUAAUUCAUUUUAUGCUUAUUUUUACAAUUGGAUAUUCAAACAAAUUCCCAAUCUUCAUUCAUCAACGUAUUUUUUAUUUAUUCAAAAUUUAUAAAUUUGUUACAACAAUAUUAUUAUUCUAUUUAUAUGUUAUUUUUAUUAUUGACUUUAUUUUAUGGGACAAUAACAAUAAAAAUUAUUUAUUAAUAAGUACAAUAA